AAUAUUUUAGCCUUCUCAUACACGUUUUAAAAGGAAGUGGGGCUAUAUAUAUAUAUAUAUAAAACGUUUCUACUCAAUUUCAAACAUGCACGUGGGUACCUUUUAAGGUACCACAGAAUUGUGAUUUAAUUUAAAGAGAAGAUUGCCUCCUUGUGGCUGGUUUUUGCAAGUGAAAGAGUAUGCUAUUCAAUACGAUUUUGCCUUUUUCUUUUUUUGUUUUCUUUUUAUUUUAUUGGUGCUUGAUAAAAAUAUAAAUAAAUUACAAUUUCGGAUGAAAUUCAAAUUAAAAAUCCCUCUUUAUUUGAUUCCCAAAAUGCCACGUUUAAUUGGUUCUCACACCUGUCAAUCAUUUGGAAGUUAGGCGGGUUCUGUACUUCUCCUCUGCUGAUUGGUUGAUUUCCAUGUUGAUGUUUUGUCUCUACAAGCCCGUGCUAGAGAGGUCACGUAAGCUAGCAUAGCAGUCUGCUCCCUUAAAAGAAACAAGGAGUAAACAAAGUUUAUAAUUUGAACAGUUUAUUUUCUACUUUCCUUUCGGUUGUCUUGAGACAGCGACAUGAGUUCUGCUGCCUCUUCGACCAUUGGGGAGUUGAUUCUCACCCUCACUGAAAUGGGUUUCACAGAAGAGCAGAUCCAGGCAGCCGUUCAGUCAGGGCAUUUUUCUGUGACAGAGGCUGCUGAGUGGCUCUUACAGGGUCAGUACCCACGACACACGCUGGUCAAGCAAUCCUCGCAGCCCGCCGAUUCAGCCUUUUCUGCUUUCAAUCCUCCCAAAGAUGCGGCGAGCACCUCAGUUUCACACACCCCUGAUGAUGAAGCAGGUCCAUCUUUGGUUCUGAAGCCUCCACAGUCAUGCAGCGAGUCCCUCAAUCCACCUCCAGUAGAGUCCCGGAUCAAACAAGACAAGAGCGACUUCGAAGAGAAAGAGCGACAACGAGUUGCUCAGAAAGCCAGAGCAGAAAGAAAACAGAAGAAGCAGGAGCGUGAUCUGGUGUUAAAAAGAAUAGCUGAAGACCGGAGGAGCUUGCAAGAGAAAAAUCAUUCUAGUGCUGCUGCAGAGGCGCCUCCUCCUCCUGCUGCUUGUCAGGGGGAGAAACUUGAGAAAAAGAUUCAAACAAAUACAGAUAGCAACUGCGUCCUCAUGAUUCGGUUGCCUUCUGGUGAGUCCAUGCGCGAACACUUCCCGGCUGACGCCCCGCUAAAGAGCGUUGUGGAGCACAUCACCGGACGUCACCCUUCCCUACCCUCCUUUUCUCUCCUUCAGGGUUUUCCUCGAAAGCGCUUCGGGGAAGCGGAGCUAGCGUGCUCGCUGCGCUCCCUGGGGCUCACGCCUAACGCUGCUUUGUGCAUUCAGACCAAUCCUCCAGAGACACCUCAGGGUUUGCCCAGUCCUGCAGAUCCGCCGUCAGCAAGUCCCAGUCAGCCACCUCCGUGUGUGGGGCCUCCCGAGCCUCAAAUUCCUGAAGAAGUGGUCGCAGGACGGCGGGACCCUCCCUUACCACCACUUCUGCCUAACCAUCUGUGGGAGGACGCAGUCAACUAUGCAGGGAUGCCUCAGCCUGGACCUUCACAGUCUGGAGCUUCUCAUUUUUGGGGUCGGGGACAGAGACUGACUCCAGGUAAUCCUGAGGAGCCGGACGUAGAGGAUGAGGAGGAUCAAAAUGAAGAGGAACAAAUACUUAAUGGAAUUCCCAGGCUGCCUUUAUUUCCGGAGAACAGGAUUCGAGCAGGAUUUGGGCCACGGCAUCACUGGCCUGAGCAAGGAAAUCGACUCAGAGACGCUCCAGAGGAGAAUGCAGAAGAACCUGAGGAUGGGGUGGCCCCCGUGGCGCCUGUAGCGGCAGGACUAGCCGCCGUGGAGCGGCUACAGAGAGCUGCACAGCAGGAGGAUCACAGCUCCUCCCAUGGACAACCAUCUCCCCCCAAGAGACCCUUCAGGACACCGAAUGUGCCAUCCCUUUGUGCCUUGGCCACCCACGCAGCCGUCCACCUCAUGACCGCUCCGUGCAUGCAGUACAGCAGCAGUCUGGCCUGCUUGACCCCAGAACUGGUGGAGCUUUUGCUCAACCACAUGGCCCGGGAGAAGCUGCUCCGCCCACGCACCCUGGAGCUGUUUUUCGGCUGCCCGUUGCAGAAGUUUGUCCUAAACUGCUACCCUUACUCCACCAACGAGCUCCUGCGACAGCUGCGUGCUUUCACAGCCAUAAAGCACCUGAGUCUGGUCAGCUCCCCCCUCAUCACAGACUCAGGUUUGUCCAUCCUGUCCAACCUGGUCAAACUCCAGUACCUCAACCUGGCCUCCUGCAGUAAACUGACGGACUCCUGCCUGCAGUACAUCACAGGUUUGAAGAGUUUGUGUUUCCUCUCCUUGGAUCAGACCAAAGUGACGGAUGCUGGGAUGGUUUCAUAUCUGCAGUCGGCUCCGUCCUGCCUCUUUCAGCUCAGCCUGAACCAGACGGCGGUGACCGAAGCCACGCUGGCGGCGCUGCCCGCCUGCGUCCCGCAGCUGCGGCUGCUCAGCAUCAAGCACACGAAGGUGAAAGACGUGUCGGCGCUGGCGGAGAUGUCCAGUCUGCAGACUCUCAGUCUGGAUGGGACAGGAGUGACGGAGGAGUCUCUGGAGAAGCUCGCCGCCCAUCCCGCUUUGUCUUCUCUGAGUUUAUUAGGAAUCCCAGUUCAAGACGGAAAUCGAACCCUUGAAAUAGUCUCAGGUUUAAAGCUGACUCAUCUCACCCUCCCUGGACGCCACACUGUGACAGACGGCGGGCUGUCCUUCCUCUGCCGACUGUCUGUGCUGUCCGAGCUGGACCUGACGGACUACACCCACGUCACGGACCGGGGAGUCUGCCAGCUCUCCCUGUUGACCAGGCUGAAGAAGCUGUCGCUUAGCAACACACAGGUGACGGACACCGGCCUUCCCUCGCUGCAUGGCAUGCAGGAGCUGCAGGAGCUGUGUUUGGACCGAACGGCGGUCACCAGCAGAGGAGUGGCCCAGCUCAUCACACAGCUGCCACACCUUCAGGUCUUAGGUCUAGCGAGUACGCAGGUGGGAGACUCGGUGGUGAGGAAAGGUCUGAUCCACUGUCAGCAGCUCGUCAAACUGAACCUCAGCCGCACCCGGAUCACGGACCACGGUCUGAAGCACCUGAAACACAUGCAUCUGUCUCAGGUGAACCUGGACGGCACCGGCGUGAGUCGGACAGGCAUCGCCAACCUGCUCUCUCUGACCAACAUCGGCAGCGUCCGGGCCAGCAACACCCGCGCCGUCCCGCCGGACGAGGUCUCCGACGAGGACUGAGGAACGCUCUGCUGCAGCCAGAGCUGCUCCGCCGACAAUCAUGCAUGGCAAGUUUAACCGUUAACAGGAGCCUUUACGCUAAUCUGGAAAUGUUUACAUUUAGUUUAUGGGAUUUUGACUCUCAUAGGAUGCAGUCUCUACUGAUGAAUUAGAACAUUUUCUUUGAUGGCUUGGAAGCGCGCUGUCUGAAGUAGCUUGUGCAUGUAGAUUGUAAAGCAUGUAUUGCUAGAAAUGCUUUUAAAUAGGAGGGAAAUGAAGGCAGUCUUCAGGGUGUAAAAGCAUUUGAAGGUUCUUGUCUGUCAUAAGGCUGAAGCCUCUGUAUUUGAGUUGUAGUUUUUCCUCAUGUCAUUCUGGAUCCUAGUUUUGGAUUUUCCUUUCAUUCUGAUCACUUUAUUUCAUGUCAUGUACAGCCAGGAGGCACAGAACCCAAAGAUACAUCAUCCGAUCACACUUUCUGAAGCUCUAAAAGUUUAUUUUCUCCUCACAAUCUGAGGUUUUGAUGCAAACAUUCAAAUUAAAGUCUUAAGAAUCGU